UUUAACUCUUCCUCCAGUAAACUAUCCAGGUAUAUACACGCCAGGGUAUCAACCUUGAUAACCAUGGCGAUCACGAUACCCGAAAGCCUCCAGCCACUGGCUACCAAACUCGUAAUGGGAUGGAUAAACACCCCCCACAGCGUCAAGCUCGCGCUCCCCACAAUGCUGGCCCUCCUCUCUCUCCUCAAAGCCAACGGCCUGCUCUCUCAAGCAGUGCUGAAUAACUUCAUCUCGGACCGGUAUGUGUGGAGUCAAGAGGUAGUACUCGUGACGGGGGGAUCAGGUGGUCUUGGGGAUUUGCUCGUGCGGAAGCUCGCGGCGAAGGGUAUCAAGGUUAUCAGUUUGGAUGUUAUGCCUCCUAGGACUCCUCUUCCUGCAAACGCCUACUUCUACAAGGCUGAUAUCACCUCCUCCGCCAACCUGGCUGAGGUAGCCCAGGCAAUCCGCUCCAAGCAUGGCGACCCGACGGUGUUAGUCAACAACGCGGGCGUGAUGAAGAUCAAGACCAUGCUUGUCGAGAGCGAAGAGGAGAUCCGCCAAGUCUUCGACGUGAACGUGAUUGCGAAUUUCCUACUUAUCAAGGAGUUCCUGCCCGCGAUGAUCAAGCGCAAUCAUGGCCACAUUGUGACUAUUGCCAGCUUGGCUAGCUUUAUUACGGGGGUGCAGAAUGUGGAUUAUUCGUGCUCCAAGGCGGGAGCGCUGGCGCUGCAUGAGGGGUUGGCGCAGGAACUGAGGCAUGCUUAUAAUGCGAAGAAGGUUCGCACUAGUAUCGUCCACCCUACUUACAUCCGGACUGCGUUGAUCGACAAAGUUCACGGACAAGGGAAAUUCAAGCCGCUCCUCCUGGAGCCAGAGCCAGUAGUUGAGACCAUUAUGAACCACAUUCUAUCCGGUAACAGCGGUCAAAUAUUUUUGCCUGGCCGUUAUUCGGUUGGAGCCGCCCUGCGGGGUUGGCCUGCGUGGUUGCAGGAGGCUGUUCGGAGCACUCAGCAAAGUGUUCUCGCUCAUUAAGUAGCAGGGAGAGACGUUUUGUUGCAAGAUGGAAGGAGUAAUAUCAAGCUAUCUAAUGUAUAUAUUCUGUAUGGCAUAGCGUGGUAUAAAUAACAUACAAUUAUUCGCC